AACGAAAAAAACAAACUGCUCGACUGCAUUGACGGUGGCGCUAUCAGCAGCUCACACUCAACCAGUAGUACAACCGACUAGCCACUUAUACUUGAAGCGCUUUCGCUAUCAGCUUAGACGAGCUCGGAAGGCGGGAAGGUCUACUCAGUAGUACUGUCUCGGCGGCCGUUGGAGCAGGAAGUCCUCCCCAGGAUAACGUCUUCAAGUAGUACUGUCUCCGCGGGUCAUCUUCUUCCAGUUGAUGGAGUUGCGAUUCGAGCGCUGAGUCGGGAGAAAAUUCGAGGAAGAUAAAAAAAAGCAGCAGCAAGUGUGUCAAGUGCAGUACAAAUUUGUACUACUAAGUGACCUAGGCUAACCGAACGCGUGGAGCAAAACAUCUCAUCACCAUGAAGAAGUCAACGCUGGACACCAUCUCGGUUCUGCUGGCGGAACUGACCGGAACGGCCCUGCUGGUCAUGCUGGGCUGCAUGGGCUGCGUCGGCACUUUGGGCUGGGUUCCGGCCCACUUUGAGCUGUGCAUCAACUUUGGCCUCGUGGUCAUGAUCCUGGUGCAGGUCUUUGGCUGCGUGUCCGGCUGUCACAUCAACCCGGCCGUUACGGCGGCCGCGUGGGUCUACGAAAUGGUGUCCACCAAGAUGGCCCUCAUGUACGUGGUGGCCCAACUGAUUGGAGGUUUCAUGGGCUAUGGAGCGCUGAAGAUGUUGACGCCGGAGGAGACCUUCACGAAUGCGUUGGAGAAGGGCGCUGGAUUCUGUGUGACCAGUCCGAAUCCCAAGAUCUCGUUGCCCCAGGCGGUCGGUAUCGAGUUUUUGGCCACUGCCGUGCUGACGCUGGUGUGCUGUGGCGUUUGGGAUCCCCGAAAUGCCAAGCACCACGAUUCGGUGCCGCUGCGGUUUGGCUUCACCAUUGGAUGUUUGGCGGUGGCUGCGGGUCCCUACACCGGUGCCAGCAUGAACCCGGCCCGCUCGCUCGGUCCCGUCCUGUGGAACGGUGUCUGGACGGCCCACUGGGUGUACUGGGUUGGUCCGCUGGCCGGUGCCUUCAUCACGGCGUUCAUCUAUAAGACCGUGUUCCGACGUGAGGUGCCCCAGGAACAGGGCACGGCCAACGAACUGACGUCACUCAACGCGGAAAAGUAGAACAAAAUGAAUGCUCAGCAAAAAAAGAGGAUCAAACCAUAAACCCAGAACCACAAACACGCACACACACGCCAAGUCGCAUUUCAAGAAAUUAACUCAAAGGAAAUACUUAUAUCUGUUAUUGUGAAAUCGAUUUACUUCUAGAAUAACUUGAAUUUUGAGGAAACCGAGUACUUUCCUCAAGCGUGACUCGUUACUCGUACACCAUUAGCAACUAAGUGAGGAACAAAUUGACGUAUGGAAAUAAAGAUAUUAAAUGAA